AUGUCACAAAAUGAACGUUUCGAUAAUAACGAUAGUGACUCAUUGAUAUUAUCUUUUAAUGGCGAUGCAAAUCACGAGUUUCAAGAAAUAAAUGAAAAUCUCGGUAUCGUUCGUGAUGUAAUAAGAAAUUUAGUACCUUUGGGUGCGAUUAAAGUAGCCGAAGGUAUUGUAAUUGAGCCGGUUGUUGAUUAUGUGUUCGAGAGUUGCAAACGUAAUCCGAAUAUGGUUUUCGUUACAUUAUAUUAUGCAAGAGGUUUACAAGAAAUAGAUCAUCAUGAAGGUGAUAGUGUUGGUCCAGCUUUGAGGGAUAUGAGAAAAAAGAGGAUUGAAUGUAGCGAGUUAUUAGCUAGAGAAUUGGUUCAUAAAUUUAAUGACCAGGAUCUUUUAUUCACAAAAGUACUGACUAAACGAUACGCAUUCUCACAAUAUGAUGAAAUCAGCAACCGCAAAAAUGCUUUAGAUCUCGCAACAAGGCUUUAUUCCGAAAUGGGCAAUUGCGGCGCAAUUUUCUUGUCUGAUAAUGAAGUUCAAGCGUGCGUUUAUGCAUUAUGGUCUGGUCACUUAGUACCCCGAAUUUCUCGUACAUUUCCAAUUUUGGCCGUAAUUGAUUAUUACAUUCCAAAUCAUAAUCUAAAUUUCUUGGAAAACUUCAAGAAUUUAGAAUUAUUAAAUAUUCCCAGGAAUCAAUAUUUACUUGACGUUUUCUCAUAUAUUAUGUUUUUGAUAAUUUAUACUAUGGUCGCGGCUAAUUAUAACGAAAUACGUGAACUUAAUGGCUUUUUGGAAGGAUCUAUGUAUCUUUUAGUCUUUUCCUUUAUACUAAAUGAUAUUCGGACACUACAAAAACAUGGGAUUAAAGAAUUCUUAUAUUUUCGAAGAAUACUUUCUCUUAUUCUUCAUGUUAUUUUAGCUACCGACUUUGCGCUUAGAAUUAAACACGUUACAAGUUUUGAUCAUUCUAUUCCUCAAUUCCAUAGAAAAGCUCUCUCAUUAGUUCCUAUAUUCCUAUACUGGCGUGUUCUUUUAACUUUGGAAGCAUUUCAACCAAUUGGAAGAUGGUUGACACAAAUUUCAAGAAUCUUAAAGAAGAGCAUGUCAUAUUAUAUCUUAUUAGCUUUAGCAUUUAUUGCAUUCUUUCAAUCAUUUUUGGUGCUUGAAAACACUCAUAAACGUCAUGAAGGAGAUGAUGAUCAUUUAGGUGACAAAAAUGAAUGGGGAAUUUUCGCACUUUUGGUCAAGGGAAUAUUAAAUGCACCGGAUUUCCCGGGCGCGAGCAAAUUGGAGAAUAGAUUUGGCUUCGUAUUGUACUCUGUUUAUGUUUUUACAGUCAGUGUUAUUCUAUUUGCCGUCUUGCUUCCACUCUUUAUGACGGCAUUUGCUACUAGACGUUCAGUCCCCGAAGAAUAUUUAGCACAUUUCGCACAUAUAGUCAUAAGAAAAGUAAAACACAAUCAACCAACUCGAUACAAUUAUCCGUCGCCAUUUAACCUCUUAUAUUUUACACUCGUUCUACCAAUAAGUUCAUUAAGUAUUAUUAUUGGACAUAAUCAUAUACGUUUAUAUGCAAAUAUUGAAAAAUUUUUAACAAGAAUUAUUUUUUUUAUUCCAAUGAUUGGAUUUGCUUUAAUUGAAACACAUUUUGUUAAUGAUAAACAAGAUAAAGAGGCUAGAGAUUUGGACUUGAGAGAAUUACCGGGUUUACCUUUUCCCGAAGAUGAAAAGCAAAUGCUUAGAAGAAUUUUGUAUGGAUUAAAUGAUAUUAAGGAACAACAUAGAAGUCUUCAUUUUAGAUUAGAAGCUAUAGAAUCGCAAUUAGCUUAA